GGAGGCGCUUUUGCAGCACGAGGAGCCGGCGCUGCAGCGGGGCCGCGGCUCAGCGCGGAUAACAAAAAGGCUCCUCUCCCCCCCUUCCCCCCCGGCGCCAGGGCGCUCCCGGCGGGGCCGCGCGCUCCCGGCGCCGCCCCCGCCCGCCGGGCGCCCUCUGCUCCGCUCCGCUCCGCUCCGCUCCGCUCCCCGCCGCGCUGAGUCACGGCGCCGCCCUCCCGCACGACCGCGGCCUUUCACGCCGCGCACCCUGCGCGCCGCGCCGUGACUCACGCCGCCCGCCCGCGCCGCGCCGGAGGGGCGGGGCGGCGGCGGCGGGGGCGGCCGCGCCGCGUACAAAGCGCCGCCGCCGCCGCCGAGGUCAGCGCGGCGGCCCGCGGGGAGCGGCGCGGGCCCGCGGCAUGGAGGGAGCCGGCGCGCUGCUGGCGCGCUGCCCCGCCGGCGGGCUGGGCGUCACCGUGUGUGCCGCCGCCGCCGGGCUGCUGCUCUACCGCAUCGCGCGGAGGAAGAAGCCCACGCAUGUGACGGUGAACUGCUGGUUCUGUAACCAGGACACAGUAGUACCAUAUGGAAAUCGCAACUGCUGGGAUUGCCCCAACUGUGAGCAGUACAACGGCUUCCAAGAGAAUGGAGACUACAACAAGCCCAUCCCUGCUCAGUACAUGGAACACCUUAACCAUGUUGUGUCGGGUGCUACAACUUUCUGUGAUCCUACCAAACCCCAACAGUGGGUGAGCAGCCAAAUUUUGCUUUGCAAGAAAUGCAACAACCAUCAAACCACAAAGAUCAAGCAGCUGGCAUCAUUCUCACCAAGGGAGGAGGGCAAAUAUGAUGAGGAGAUUGAGGUGUAUAAGCACCACUUGGAGCAGACCUACAAGCUGUGCCGUCCGUGCCAGGCUGCUGUGGAGUAUUACAUAAAGCAUCAGAAUCGGCAGCUCCGGGCACUGCUGCUCAGCCACCACUUCAAACGUCGUGAGACUGACAAGACCUAUGCCCAGAACUUGUGUUCAUCUUCCUCUUCUAAUUCCAUAACCAUCCCAGCUCAGGUGAUAUUUCUGCGGUUCUUGGCCUUCCUCAGCUGUGCGUUCCUGGUCCUGAUGGCCUUGUAUGGGCCAGGCAACCCCUUCUCACUCAAUGCUGCAGUCCCUGCACCCGUUUCCUCUGGUCUGGCAUCUGUUCAGAACAGGACUGGCACAAGCUCACAAGCAGACUCAGGAAAUGACACUUCUCUGACAGUGGCAGGAUGGCAAGAGCUGCUCCACCUGCUCCCAGAACAGAUGGUGCAGAACCUGAGCGUAGCGUGGACUUACGGGAAGAAUCAUCAGUUGGCAGUUGCUGUCCUUGGGCUGUUCACUUGCCUGUUGGCUAUGGUCUUGGCUGGGCGGAUCAGGCUCCGAAGAAUUGAUGCAUUUGCUUCAGUCUUGUGGUUCAUAGUGAUGGGUCUGCAUUUAGCUGAGAAGUACCUGAAGACAGACACACCCAGCUGGCUGGAUACAGCCAAAUUUGGCACCACAUCCCUGUGCUGCUUGGUGGGCUUCACCGCAGCAGUGGCAACACGGAAAUCAACGGGCCAUCGGAGAUACCGGCCCCGAAGAUACCUUUCUGGGGAUUCGGUUACUCUGUUUCCCAAUGGCACUGGGACUGGCUUCCCUUCUUCUGCUACAUCUCUCUUUAUCCCAACACCACCUAAUAUUCUCCACCUGACGAACCAGCAGCUCUUCAGAUCCCCGCGCAGGACUUCUUCUUCCUCUCUUCCUGGGCGUCUGAACAGGGCACUCUCACUGGGUACCAUCCCCUCCUUGGCCAGAGCAGAUUCUGGCUACUUGUUCAGUGGAAGCCGCCCGGCCUCGCAGUCAUCUCAGUCCAAGGAAUCCCCUACAUCAGAGCACUUCUCCCUGCUGUCAGGCAGCUGUGCUCCCUCCCGCAUCCCCUCUCCGGCACCGUCCGUGGCUGGCUCUGUCACUUCCAGCUCAGGUUCCUUGCGGUACCGCCGACCACUCAUCAGCCCUGCCCGCCUGAACCUGAAAGGACAGAAGCUGCUGCUUUUCCCAUCCCAGAACGAGGCCCUGCUCACCCCAACCAGCUCUGAGGAGCACACACACUCGGACAGCAACAUUUUUGGCACAGAGCUGUCCUCCUUUCCAAAAAAGAACCUCAGCGAGCGAGGAAUGCAUGAUAUGAGAUCUGCCAUGGAAGGAGGGAGUAUUUGCAGUGAUAAUUCCAUAAAAAAGGAGGAUCACUCAUCACACUCAUCUACCUGUGUGGUAGAUACAACUACCAAAGGGGAAGAUUUGGCAGGCUGGAAAGUAUCCCUUUUUUCUUUUUCUUCUCCUCUUCCACUAAGGUCAUUUGGGUAACUCCGCUCUCCGAGGUCUGCUAGCCGUGAGUCUGACUCUCAAUGCUAUCUUCACAUCAGCCUAUGUCUACCGGAACCUCCGCUGAUUUGUGCCAACACUCCCUUUCUUCCUGGUCCCAUCUGCUUCUGAGAAGACUCUCUGAAAAAAAGAAUUCAACUACAGCUUCAUGUCUAAUGGCUGUGCCACUGGUGCAUGCUGUUUUGUUUUUUUUUUUUUCAACUACUGUAUGCUCAGCUGUCGCAACAAGGAACCCAGGUAGCUGCUACCGUCACUUCCAGGUAGAAUGUAUCACAGGAUCAUCUCUGGAGGUGGUAGGCAGAACUCCCAGAGAGCCCCAGUUCAAAGCAAGAGGCCAGUCGAAUGGCCCAUGCACUUUCUUUCAAGGGAACUGACCUGAGACAUAAGGCUGAAAAGGUAUAAGCUGCAUUUUUAGGAACCUCCCCCCCAGCUUUUCUUGCUGACAUUUUAACCUCAUGCUGAUGGUGCUGAUAAAAUGAGAAUUAUAACAAAUGAGCUGGAGAAGAGGGAUGGCUUAGUUGUUGGUGCUGGGCUUUGGCUAUUGUAACAGCUUUCUCAGCCUCUUAGCCCGAUGGUUCCUCUUCUCACUUCCCUUUGACUCGCUCCUCUUAAUUAUCGGUGAACUUUUCUUUGAUUGCCUUAAGCUUGCCCGAGCACAUGGAUGACCUUGGCUGCUCUGUGGUACUUUCGCAUCUUGCAUGUCCUUGUGCUUCCACCUGGGCUGUGCCUUAAGGCCACUCUCACCAGCUGCCAUUCUGGUCUUGCUGGUUAUCAGAAACUGCUCUCUGUGCGUACCUCCAACCAGAAAUGUUGCUCUAGGGAUGCAGAAACCUAAAGCAGACAUCCUUGUGUGGUUUGCAUUAGAAGGAUGAAGCCUGGGCUUUGCUUUGCCCAGGAGGCAUUAAUUCUGUUUUAAUAAGAAAGGAUCCCCAUGUGAUUUGCACCAUAUUCCAAGGCUUCAGCUCACAACUCUAACUGCUGAGGUUUUCAGUGAAGCAGGGAGUAGCAUAGCUUGUUCGUGGUGCAAAUCGCACAAAUCUAUUAUACUGGAAAGCAUGUGAGGAGCUGUCUGAUUGUAUACAUUUCUCCAGAAACCUGGCUUCUCAGUCUAAUAUUGGGAUUCGCUAAGUAACCGUUUAAAAUGUUUCCUAUUUAGUUAAAUGCAAAGGUGCUCUCAGCGAUGCCAGACGUGCUCAUGGACAAUUCUGUCAUCUGAGUAGAUAGCUCUUCUAACCCAAAGGAAGUAGCCCUAGAUUUUCAAAAGCAGUUUAUAAUUUGGGCACUUUUGCUUUUGGAGGAAUCUUCGAUGUUGCUUAGAAAUCAGGUGCCAUUUAGAGAGAUAUCACACUGAACACUCAAAAUCAUUUAGUGUGUCUUAGAAAAUAAAUUUUUUACCUUGAUGUCAUGGUUCCUACAUCCCAAAUGCAGAGAGUAGAUUUACCAAUGUACCAAGGAUACCUGGUGAAAAGAGAGGCAGGUGAUACUAGCUAUGUAUUUUCUGAAGCAGGAUUGACUCUAACAAGAGUUUUCUUUUCCUUUGGGCUUCUUUACCUCAAACUUCUUUUCUCUUUCCUCUCCCCUCAUCCCAGUGUCCUGUCUUUGAAAAAUUACAGCAUUAUGCUUGCUGUGUCUUUUCCUCCUUUUCAGCCCUGCUGCUGUUCCCUCUGUUGUACUCUUGUACGUACACAGAAACACAGCAUCUCUCUGCUGGCAAUAACUUUCUGCUGUGAACCUGAAAUUCACAGGUCACAAUGAUGAUCACCUCUCCUUUCACUUCAUUUUUUUCUUGCAUGUUUUUAUUGAAUUCUACCACAGGCUCGCAUCAAGUGAGGGAUAGCCUAAAUACUCUAAUCAGCAUGCUAUAUGGCAGAAUAAGUGGGGCUUUACUGCUGGUGAUUCAAGCCCUGAAAAAUUAGGUCUCCCCUUCUUUGUCUGUUGCAUUUCUUCCUGCACUGUUUUAAGAGCCACUUCCAGCCACUGCUCCCAAUCCUCACUUGUCAGUGAGGCCUUCUCAUUGCCUACUCUGCUUCUUACAUUCAGAGGACAGAUCUCCAGCCAGACGCACUGAUACAAGAGACUGUGGAGAUGUGAUUCCUGACUCUUCAUCUUUCUCUCAACUUCUCUGGAGUGUUGGUAAAGGGCUGCACAGUCAGCGCCUCCUGUACAAAGGUCUAGAUUCAGGAUAGAGACCCGCAGCAGGAAUAGUUGGAUGUGCUGCAGGUUGAUGGUUAAUUCUUUUGUAACUUGCAUGAAUUGUUUCUCAUAGCUUAGCCUAUUCCACAACCUUGCUGUUAGGAGAUUUUUUGUCCCCUUUAUAGACUCCUUCAGGCUGACUUGAGCAUGUGUAUAGGCAAAAUCCUAGCAGACCGACUUAGAAGCUCACCCUAGAGCUGUGCUGUUUGAGUUUGAUGUUGUCCUGAUACAGCGUGUGACAUCCCAUUCAUGGAUCCUUGUCCUGACUUCCAGCAUACCCAGGGGCCUCCUAUGCAGAGACAAGCCUGCCAGAGAAUCCGGUGGUUUUGCUUGUCUUUAUUAUGCCAACAGACAUGCACUGUGACUUCAUGUAUGCAAAUUUUCCACUUCACCUCCCAGUGUGCACUGAGUUCACUUACCAUCGCACUUACCUGGGGCCCAGGUUGGUCUCUGCCUCUACCAGAUUGCAAUACAGAUUUUCCCCCUCCUUUCCAGCAACCAGGGAGCUGCAGCCUCUCCACACACCUCUUCCUGCCCAUAUUCCAAUGCAGGAAUAUUUUAACCUGUCACUGCACUUCUGAAUCCGCUCACCGAAACUGUUCUUGGAUGGCCAUUUGGUGACCUUGUCCAAAGCAAUAUUAAGACUUUGGAUUUUAUUGCUGAAGAGGGAAGACAACCGACUUUUUCAUUGUGGUGCUAGAACACUCUCCAGUGGUGCUUUCACGGGUGUGAAGCCUUUGCUUGGAUUAGUGCACAAGAGUACACGUGUGUAUGUUUGUGUGUGCGCGUGCGUGCAUAUGUAUAAAAACAUUUGGAGGGUUUCUUCAUUUCAAAAGAUCUGAGCCCAUGUUUGUCUUUAUAUUGUUGGCCUUAAUCUAGCUCCUAGGUACUGUGUCUGUCUUGCUGCUGUUUUCUAUAUGAAGCUGGUUGGGAGGAAACAAAAGAUUAUCUGGUCCCCCAGUAAAAAUCCUUGUGACUGGUGAUGUUGCUCUUCAUACAGUGUUGUUCAGGGGUGAGAUUUGAUUUUUAUAAUAUUUUUCCUACUGUAAAAAUUGUUGGAGUGUACGGAAUGGAAAAGGUCUCGACAAAAUGAUCUGCUUGGUAAAGAUUUGAGCAUUACUUAAUAGCCGCAAUUAUGGAUGGGGCGGGACAUAAAUGAGCUCCAUUUCCAGACCUUUUCCAUUCCCUACCUUCCUUUAAAAUUGCCCAAGUACUUUUUCUUUGGAUACGGGCUUGUUAGGAUGUUCUGAGACCUUGUAGAAGUCAUCUUCUGAGACCUUGCUGUUCUGAAUUAGGAAGAACUUGGAUUCCAGAGUCUGGUUCCAGUUCCAGAAGUAUGGGUAGCUUGGCAGAUGAUAAAUAUUACAUACAUAUGCAUUUGAUGGGAUAGAGAGAAUUGGUAGGACAAGUUACUGAAUUCUGGAAGUCACGGUAAAAAGUCAUGGAUCUUUUUGGUAAAAGAUCAGACAUGAAAUUGGUCACUGUUGCAAUGUGGAAAAAAACUCAUUGCUGGCAUGCCUAGGCCAGAUUCACUGGACUUCAGCCUGUCUGCUCAAACAACAAAUUUGGCCUGUGAAUGUUUUAUUCCCGCUCCCUCUUCCUGGGUGAUGGGAACAUCUGUAAAACACUGCUGAACUGGCUGGGUUCCUUACAAUGGAGCAGCUGGAAUGAAGGGCUGGUGUUGCCUCUAGAUGCUGCUAUAUUUCUUCUUCCAAGCACCAUUCCUGGAAAUAACUAUGGUCUUAACCUCUUUCACAGACAUUUGUAAGAAGGCUAGAAAGGGCCAAUUUGGCCAAUACAAUGACAUUUUGCAUUUUUUUCUCAUGUAUGUUGCCUCCAGAAGUGAUCAUCACUGUGUCCUGUGGUGGGGUAAGGGACAGAGUACUUCUGGAUGGAGUGGGUAUCUAGAGAGGAUGAGGAGGAUAAUUCUGAGAGUCCUAAACCUUAUUUCCUGUGAAAGAAAUAUUGUACGUCAUGUAUGUAUACUUGUUUGGCGAGCUCUAACACUGUACAGUUUAGUUAAAUUGUGCUCCAGGGAAGGAGAAACUGUUCCUCGGAGGUUUUUAGUUCAUGCUUUGUGUUCAAAGAGGAAUAUUUUUCUUUAAAAAAUAAAAACAGACAAAUUUUACAUUUCA